CUUCUUACCUCUGUACCACCUUUCUUUUCUUGAUCUUGAUCUUUUGUUCACACUGAUAUAGUAUCUUCUUUGUCCUUCCCAUAUCUGGAGAUUAUCUUAUCACAAGGGUCGAACCACGGAUUCUCUGAAGUUCACGCCACGAGCUCGGACCGAGCACAGAACAACUUUUGACCUGCAGGUGCUGAGUCAAAUCGGUCCGUCUGUAUUUACUUGCAGUCUGAGGACCAACGGCAAACAUGGCCAUUGAAGUUGUGCCCCUUACUGAGGCCGACAUUCCGGAUGCCAUUGAGAUCAUCCAAUCGGCCUUCGCAGAGGACCCAUAUUUCAAAUGGGUGUUCGAUGCCAACAAUUUCAAUAAAGCGAGAAACCAUGAUUCUCUUGCUGUGCGGUGCCGCUGGGGCAUUGACAACGCCAUCUUCCAAGUCGCCAAGGAGACGCCACCGUACCCCGGUGACAACGGCGAUGCGACCACGGCUCCGGCUUCACGUGUCGUGGGUGUCUCCUGCUGGCUUCCGCCCCAUGCGCCGUCCGAGCCCGAGAGCUGGUAUACCUGGUCGCAAGGAUGGCUGCUGUCUGCUCGGCAGGCGUUGAACAACCUGCGCCAUUGGGGCCGUGGGGGGCUGCGCACGAAUCGUUAUUGGAUCUGGAAGGCACGUCAGCACGAGGCCCAGAGUCAGAUCUGGGAUGAUCCCAAGGGGUAUUAUUUCUGUAAUAUCGUGGCUGUCCGGCCAGGGACGCAGGGGAAGGGCAUUGGGAGGAAGCUUUUCGAGGCCGUAACGGAGAAGGCGGACCAGGAGGGGGUCAAGUGCUAUCUAGAGAGCUCGAGGAAUGAACCCAAUGUUCAGAUCUAUGAGAAGAUGGGGUUUGAGAUGGCCAAGGAGAUGGAGUGCCGCGAUGGGGACGAUGUGUGCAUGUUGUAUUGCAUGGUGCGGAAGCCGAGGUCGAAGUAUUGAGGACUCACGGAUGCUGGAAGGAGGCGGAGUUUUGCUGAUCAGACUGGCGCAGCGCAAAUUGUAGACGC